CAAAGAUAUUUUGUUCUCUUCCCCCCCCUAAAAAAAAUCUAGCCAUUGCUUCUCAUAUAUCUUCUCCGUCUCUUCUUCUUCUUCAUCUCCUCAUCGGCAUCAACGGUGCCCAUAAUUCUUAGCCGUAUCCUUUGGAAUCGAUUUCCGAUGUUGAGAUUGUAGCUUGUUCGAGAGGAUCGUGGGGAGAAACAGAGAGAGAUCGUAGGGAGGAGAGAGACAGAGAUUCGGAGAUGGCUUGCGAAGGAGGAUCCAACGUUGGAUCUAGCUACUACAAGGUGCUCGGGAUUCGCCAGGAUGCCUCCUUCUCCGACAUUCGUACCGCUUAUCGAAAGCUCGCUCUGAAAUGGCACCCGGAUAGAUACGCGAGGAAUCCUGCCGUCGCCGGAGAAGCUAAACGCCGGUUUCAGCAAAUCCAGGAGGCUUAUUCUGUUCUCUCUGACGGGGGCAAGCGAUCAAUGUACGACGCCGGAAUAUACGAUCCCAAUGAUGAUGAUGACGAAGAUUUCAGCGAUUUCAUGCAAGAGAUGAUCUCCAUGAUGAACAAUGUCAAAGACGAGCAGGGGGAUAGUUUGGAGGACCUACAACGGAUGUUCGUGGAGAUGGUUGGUGGAAGAGACGGCGUGAGAUUUGACUUCAACGAGAGUCCAACGGGCACCAAGCGACCACGUGUCAACGAAGCAAGGGGUAACCGAGCAUAGCGUUGAUGUGUUGCGUUGUAUCUGAUAAUAACUCCUUUAAUAUCAAUAAUCCAUCUCAUUUUCUCCUCAGAUUCCAAAAAGAUUUAUUCAUAUUUAUUUUACA